AGGUUGAAAUGCAAAACUGUGGCAUGUGGUUUGUUUUGGUCGCUGUAAUGACUUUCACAACGUUGGUGGCUGGUGGUGAUGAUAAAUCUAAAGUUCAAAACCAACACCAACAGCAGCAACAACAAGCUGAUGUCAUGAGAGCCAUCGCUGAUAUCGGUUCUCCGUCAAUGUCACAACCAUCGGUGGAUAGUUACUUGGAAUCUGAUCCUCUUCAGGUUCCUUAUGAGUACAAUACAGCAAAGCGAGCCCAUAAACAAUAUGGGUUUGGACUAGGCAAGCGGUUGUACAGGCAGUAUCAAUUCGGUCUUGGAAAACGAGCCUCAUCAAAACAAUAUGGAUUUGGACUAGGCAAACGGGCGGCGCUCAAGCAGUAUGGGUU